AUGGCCAUUCGAACAGCAGUCAUCCUCUCCUUGAUCGGGAGCGCUUUUGCUCAGAUCAGCAAGUCUUGCGUGGAUAUCGCUCUUGACUCUGCCACCAACGUGCUGUCAGCCAAGUGUACGCCCGCCGACCACUCAGCUGCCGUUCCGACAUCCUUGGAUCUUAACCUUUGCAUCGGCUACGACGGUACUCAGCUCACGGCCACUCGUCCAGGUAACUUUGGCACAAGCUGUAGCGGCUGUUCUCUUUACACGGGCCCAGACCCAUGGUACCUGACUGAGGUCUACUGGAUCAGCUGCACCUGCACCGGUCAGAGCGCUGCGUCGACUAUUAACCUCGAGGUCGCAAGUGCGCAUCAGUAUAUAACCAACAACAAUGGAAAGCUCACCUGCUAA